UAGGUGUUCUACGCUGUUAUGUUUUCCUUCUUCCUUAUCUGAAACAAUGACAACACUUUCAAUCCCACUCAAAAUCUGCUUCCACCCAACCACUACCACCCCUUUCCUUCAUCCCCAAACCCAAACCGUUACUUUCCAACGCAGAAGAACCACAACAACAACGGCUUGUUCUGCCUCUGAGAACCCCCACCAACGCCAAAAGCAGAAGCAGAACCAUGCAGAGUCCAAAACCAAGAACAGCCCUUCUGAUCACGAAAAGGGUAUCGACCCUGCUGGCUUUCUCGCCAAACGCGGCAUUUCCCACAAAGCUUUUGGCCAGUUUCUUCGUGAAAGGUAUAAAGCAUUGAAGGACCUGAAAGAUGAAAUUUUGAAACGGCAUGAGAACUUGAAGGUUAUGGCUUCCGGGUAUGAAUUAUUGGGUAUGCAUCGUCAUCCAGAACGCCGGGUGGAUUAUAUGGAAUGGGCUCCAGGGGCUCGCUAUUGUGCAAUUGUUGGUGACUUCAAUGAGUGGUCACCUACAGAAAAUUGUGCAAGAGAGCAUUACUUUGGUCAUGAUGAUUAUGGAUAUUGGUUUAUCAUUCUUCAAGAUAAGCUGAGAGAGGGUGAGCAACCAGAAAAAUACUAUUUUCAAAUGUAUAACUAUGUAGAUGAUUAUGAUAAAGGGGAUAGUGGUGUCACUGCUGAAGAGCUCUUACAGAAAGCAAAUGAUGAGUACUGGCAACCAGGAGAGGAUCGUUUCCUAAAAAAUCGCCUUGAAGGGCCGGUGAAGUUAUAUGAGCAGAUAUUCGGUCCUAAUGGACCUCAAACCAUAGAGGACAUACCAGACAUACCAGAUGCAGAAACAAGAUAUAAAGCAUGGGCAGCAGAGCAUGGGCCUUCCCGUACUGCUGUGAUUGACAGUGGCAAAGGGUAUGACAUAUUUAAUGUGAUAGUUGAUCCAGAGUGGCAAGAGAAGAUUCGUGCACUGAAACCUCCUAUACCAUACUGGUUUGAGACACGUAAAGGUAGGAAGGCAUGGUUGAAAAAAUAUACUCCCGGCAUUCCUCAUGGCAGCAAGUACAGGGUCUACUUUAACACUCCUAAUGGACCAUUGGAAAGGGUACCUGCUUGGGCUACAUAUGUGCAGCCAGAUGUAGAUGGAAGGCAAGCUUAUGCAAUCCACUGGGAACCACCCCCUGAGCGUGCAUACAAAUGGAAAAAUACACGUCCCAAAGUACCAAAUUCCUUGCGUAUAUAUGAAGCUCAUGUUGGAAUUAGUGGAUCUGAGCCAAAAAUAUCCUCAUUCAAUGAUUUCACAGACAAGGUUCUUCCUUAUAUUAAGGAAGCUGGAUACAAUGCAGUCCAGUUGAUUGGAAUUGUGGAACACAAGGAUUAUUAUACUGUUGGUUACAGAGUUACCAACUAUUUUGCUGUUAGUAGUCGAUAUGGCACUCCUGAGGAUUUCAAGCGAUUAGUUGAUGAGGCCCAUGGACUGGGGCUGUUGGUCUUCUUAGAAAUUGUCCAUUCAUAUGCAGCAGCAGAUGAGAUGGUUGGAUUAUCAAUGUUUGAUGGAUCUAAUGACUGUUUUUUUCAUUCUGGUAAACGAGGGCAACACAAAUUUUGGGGAACCAAAAUGUUCAAAUAUGGUGACCUUGAUGUUUUGCAUUUCCUUCUAUCAAACUUGAGCUGGUGGAUUGUGGAGUAUCAAAUUGAUGGUUUUCAGUUCCAUUCAGUUUCAUCUAUGAUGUAUACUCACAAUGGUUUUGCUUCUUUUACUGGCAACUUGGAGGAGUACUGCAACCAAUAUGUUGACAAGGAUGCACUAUUAUAUCUUAUCUUGGCCAACGAGAUACUACAUGUUCUAUACCCAAAUAUUAUCACAAUAGCAGAAGAUGCAACAUUUUAUCCUGGAUUAUGUGAGCCAACUUCUCAAGGUGGAUUGGGAUUUGAUUACUUUGUCAACCUUUCUGUGCCUGAUAUGUGGUCAACUUUUCUUGAGAGUGUUCCUGAUCAUGAAUGGAGCAUGACUAAGAUUGUUAACACAUUAAUUUCCAAUAGAGAAUAUGCUGAUAAGAUGCUUAUGUACGCUGAAAAUCACAACCAGUCCAUAUCAGGAAGGCAGUCAUUUGCAGAAAUAUUGUUUGGAGAAAUAGAUGAGAACUCACAUAACUACAAGGAAUCUUUAUUGAGGGGAUCUUCAUUACAUAAAAUGAUUAGAUUGAUCACGUUGACAAUUGGUGGUCGUGCCUAUCUGAACUUCAUGGGCAAUGAAUUUGGGCAUCCAAAGAGAGUCGAGUUCCCAACGUCAAGCAACAACAACUCGUAUUCUCUUGCUAAUCGUCAGUGGGAUCUUUUGGCUAAAGAUGGUGUUCACCGUGAUUUAUUUUCAUUUGAUAAGGACAUGAUGAAGCUGGAUGAAAAUGUGAGAGUACUCUCACGAGGUUUUCCAAACAUUCACCAUGUGAAUGACAGUUCAAUGGUUAUAUCUUACAUCAGAGGCCCCCUUCUCUUUAUUUUCAAUUUUCAUCCAACAGAUUCUUAUGAUAGUUACAGCAUAGGUGUAGAAGAAGCUGGGGAAUAUCAAAAUAUCCUGAACACAGAUGAAAUAAAGUAUGGAGGUCAAGGGAGCCUUAAAGAAGACAAGUAUUUUCUAAAAACUAUCAGCAGAAGAGUUGAUGGCCUUCGAAACUGCUUAGAGGUGUCUCUCCCCAGCAGAACUGCUCAGGUUUACAAGUUAAGGCGUAUUUUGAGGAUAUGAGGCACAUUGAACUUGAUGACAUUUUACUAUUGACACCUCUUGGUAUGUCUAGCAACGUAAGAAAAAUGAAAAGGUUAAUAUGAUCUUCAAUAUACCUAUGUACAAUGAAAGGGUAGAUGUUAAUUGAACGGCUGAUAGUGAACCACUUUCCAAGGUUAAACACAGGUGCUUCACUGGUUAUACUAUCAUCUUUCUGAAAGCUUUCAGUCAAGUGCUAAUGGAUCCUAGAUUUAUGAAGAUGUAAGAUACUGAAAUAUGGCACUGCAGGUUGUAGUUGUAUAAAGCCAUGAUGAUGCUUGUAGACCCUGCUGAUCCAUAUACCACAAAUGUGCUAGAUUCUGUGCAAAGAGAGAGGUUGUUUUUAUAAGGAGGAACUUAUAGGAUAGGAUUUUUAUUUUUUAUUUUUAAGUUCUACAUUAUAUUCAUAUGAGGAGAAACUUAUAGGAUUGGAAUUUUUUAGUUUUUAUAUUAAGUUCUACAUUAUUUUUUAUUUUUAAGUUCUACAUUAACUAAAGUCACUGGUUGCACUGGACUCAAUUGUUGAUUUCUUGCACCUUAAGCUACAGUUAUACCUGAAUUGUCUGUAUAUUUUAGUCUAAUUAUGCCACAGGCAAAACUAAAUUUCCUACAUGAAAGGAGAUUAAAUUAAUUAGAAGUUGAAAAUUGCUAAUAAGGUUUCUUCCCAAAGAUGAAGAUAACAUUUGAAAAAUGUAAUAAAUUUAUUUUUAUGAAAAAAGUUAAAUUUCUGUGUGUUACUGCUAUUAUAUGUUACAAGAAAGUGGUCGGUGAAUAUUUAAAUUGAAACGAAAGAUUUUAUACUUUAAUUGUUUUUAAAUUACUGUCAAAAUUAAUAUUUUUUAUAAAUUAAAAAUAUCUCAUUUUCAUAUUUAAAAUUAGUCAUUUUUAAAAAAUAGAAAAAUAUUUUCUUCUCAAAAUAAAAUUUUUCUUUUCAAAUAUUAAAAAUGUUCUUCAUAAUUUUUAAAUACAAUCUAUAAAAAAAAUUAUCUACUUUUAAAACAUUAAAUGGACAUUUUCUCUCGAUGGUUAAAAAUGUUUCCUUUCUAAAUUUAAAGAAUUUUAAAAAUUAAAAAUAUUUUUAAAUAAAUAUUUUUUGGAAAUUUGAAAAGGUAUAUCUUUUCUAUCAUCUUAAAUAAUAAAUAAAUAUCUACAUCAUAAGUUUAAAAUUAUAUUUUUUUAAAGAAUAAAAAAUAUUUUUCAAAUAAAAAAUGAUAUACAAUUUUCUUUUAAAUUAUCUGUUAAAUUUGUCUGUGAUUAAAAUUUGGUGACUAAAUAUAUAUAAAAAAUUAACCACCAAAUUAGUCAUCAAAUUUUAACCACUAAAUUUUUUUUGACUAAUUUAAUAUUUUAAUUUUUAACCUUUUAAUUAGUUAUUGAUUAGUCAUCAAAUUUUAACAAUUAAAUAAUUAAAUGACUAAAACUGGUCGUUAAUUUUUUAUAUUUUUAUUAUUAUAAAUAUUAUCGGUCAUUAAUACAGUUGUUAUUAUUAUCAUUUAUUAUCAUUUUUUUAAAACAUAAAAGAUAAAUGUCAUUAAUUUUUUUAUUUUUUUUAUAACAUUGAUUAUGAAAUAAUAAAUAGUUGAUUAUUCUGCCUAUUUGGAAAAAAUAAAUGACAUUCACGGUUAUUCCUCGACCACUUAUAAUAAAUGCGUAAAAUACGUAAGAAUGAGGUAAAAAAAAAAUAACGUAAUUAAAAAGAUAUUAGCUUUUAUUAUCUUAAAUUUCUAAAAAGGCAAAUAAACAGAAAUAAUAUUUUAGCAGAAGUAACCAAAUAAAAAGAAAUAAAAAAUGUACAACAGAGCAAUGAAUUAUCAUAAAAUAAAAUUGCAUUAAUGAUUACUUUUGUCAAAAUGUAUUGAAUGUCGUAAUUAUUCAAAAGUUUUUUGUUUUAUAAUUUCAAUAUACAUUUAUUGCUCCGUAUUUUGUGCCUUAAAAUUAUUAACUAGUACAACUCACUUCAUAAAUUUUUAUAUAAAAAUCUUAUCUAAAUGUAUCCAUUUAUAUUAAAUAAGCAUAAUAUAAUAGUUUUUUUUUAAAGGAUAUUAAUUAGACGCUAUUUUUUUAUGAAAUAAUAAUACACUGUUUAACACUAUAUUUUCAAUACUUUCUCAGUUAUCAAAUAAAAUAUCCAUCAUGAAAUUUUAUCAAAUAAUAAUAUAUAAUUUCAGUACAUGUAAGCACCCACCCUUGCAGUGUUUAUUAGUAAUAAAAGAAGACAUUUAUUAACUAAAAAUAUAAAAUAUUAAACCGGUUUUUAAGAUAUUCAAAUUAUUUAAUAAAAAUGUAUUAAAUGUUUAUGAAUCAAUAUAUGUACAAUUGGUUUAAUAAUACAUUUUUCAUUUAAUGAAUAUAAAAGUUAAGGUUUUCCCCUAUUAAUUAAUUUUUGUCAUGUCAUAGAAAAAAAUAUAAAAAUAAUUAUAGUAAAACCCAUUAUUAUGUGUACAAGUUUUAAG